UCCUGCUACCCUGUUGCUGAGCCGAGUCGAGUCGGGAAAGUUUCAGGAGUUGUCAGUCGCGCUGCCCGCGGCCACCUAGUGCCGAGGUGCUGAAGCCUCCGAGGGCCCCGCGGACUGGCGGGGGGCCGCCUGGGCAUGCUGCGCGGGGGCGAGGCUCCGUGACGCCAAAGCCCGGGACCCUACACCUCGGACGGUUGCGCACUGGUGCUGGGCGAGGGCGCAGCGGCCACCGGGACGCACGGCCAGCGCGCGGGACGCGACCAUGGAGGAAGACGCGGGAGCGGCUGGCCCUGCGCCGGAGCCCGAGCCCGAGCCGGAGCCCGAACCAGAGCCUGAGCAGGAGCCGGAGCCUGAGCYGGAGCCGGAGAGAGAGCCAGCGUUGGACGCCGGCACGUCUGAGGCGUUCUCCCGACUCUGGACCGACGUGAUGGGCAUCCUGGAUGGGUCACUGGGAAAUAUCGACGACCUGGCCCAGCAGUAUGCAGACUAUUACAAUACCUGCUUCUCAGACGUGUGCGAGAGGAUGGAGGAGCUGCGGAAACGACGGGUUUCCCAGGACCUGGAUGUGGAGAAACCCGACGCCAGCCCCACAUCACUUCAGCUGCGGUCCCAGAUCGAAGAGUCGCUGGGUUUCUGUAGCGCCGUGUCAACACCAGAAGUGGAGAGAAAGCACCCUCUUCAUAAAUCAAACUCAGAAGACGGCUCUGUAGGAAAAGGAGAUUGGAAGAAGAAGAAUAAGUAUUUCUGGCAGAACUUCCGAAAGAACCAGAAAGGAAUAAUGAGACAGACUUCAAAAGGAGAAGAUGUUGGUUAUGUCGCCAGUGAGAUAACGAUGAGUGACGAGGAGCGGAUUCAGCUGAUGAUGAUGGUCAAAGAAAAGAUGAUCACCAUCGAAGAAGCCCUCGCCAGGCUCAAGGAGUACGAGGCCCAGCACCGGCAGUCAGCGUCCUUGGACCCCACCGACUGGCCAGACGGCUCCUACCCGACGUUUGAUGGGUCCUCCACCUGCAACUCAAGAGAACAAUCGGAUGAUGAGACCGAGGAGUCGGUGAAGUUUAAGAGGUUACACAAGCUGGUCAACUCCACUCGCAGAGUCAGAAARAAACUAAUUAGGGUGGAAGAUAUGAAAAAGCCCAGCACUGAAGGUGGGGAGGAGCAUGCGCUGGAGAGCUCCCCGGUCCUGGAUGAAAGGUCCGCCCUGUACUCUGGAGUGCACAAGAAGCCUUUUUUCUUCGAUGGCUCUCCGGAGAAGCCUCCUGAAGAUGACUCCGACUCUAUCACCACGUCCCCGUCGUCCAGCAGCCUGGACACCUGGGGAGCUGGCCGGAAGCUGGUCAAAACCUUCAGCAAAGGAGAGAGUCGGGGCCUGAUUAAGCCCCCCAAGAAGAUGGGGACGUUCUUCUCCUAUCCCGAGGAAGAAAAAGCCCAGAAAGUGUCGCGCUCCCUCACCGAGGGCGAGAUGAAGAAGGGCCUGGGGUCCCUGAGCCACGGGAGAACCUGCAGUUUUGGAGGAUUUGACCUGACAAAUCGUUCUCUGCACGUGGGCAGUAACGCCACUGAUCCCAUGGGUAAAGAAGGAGACUUUGUGUAUAAGGAAGUCAUCAAAUCGCCCACUGCCUCCCGCAUCUCUCUUGGGAAAAAAGUGAAAUCAGUGAAAGAAACAAUGAGGAAGAGAAUGUCUAAAAAAUACAGCAGCUCCGUCUCUGAGCAGGACUCAGGCCUCGAUGGCCCACCCAGCUCCCCUGCUUCUGUACAGCCAGACUCUGAGCACAUAGACAAACCCAAGCUCAAAGCYGGAGGAUCUGUAGAAAGUCUUCGGAGUUCUCUAAGUGGGCAGAGCUCGAUGAGUGGCCAAACAGUCAGCACCACCGAUUCCUCCACCAGCAACAGGGAGAGCGUCAAGUCAGAAGAUGGGGAUGAUGAGGAGCCACCCUACCGGGGCCCCUUCUGUGGGCGCGCCCGGGUGCAUACUGACUUCACCCCCAGUCCCUAUGACACAGAUUCACUCAAGCUCAAGAAGGGGGAUAUCAUUGAUAUAAUCAGCAAGCCACCCAUGGGUACCUGGAUGGGCCUGUUGAACAACAAAGUUGGCACAUUCAAGUUCAUCUACGUGGAUGUUCUCAAUGAGGAAGAGGAAAAGCCCAAGCGCCCCACCAGGCGGAGGAGAAAAGGAAGACCGCCCCAGCCCAAGUCCGUGGAGGACCUGCUGGAUCGGAUCAACCUGAAGGAGCACAUGCCCACUUUCCUGUUCAAUGGCUAUGAAGAUUUGGACACCUUCAAGCUCCUAGAGGAAGAAGACUUGGAUGAAUUAAAUAUCAGGGACCCAGAACACAGAGCUGUCCUCUUGACAGCUGUGGAACUAUUGCAGGAAUAUGACAGUAACAGUGACCAGUCGGGGUCCCAGGAGAAGCUGCUUAUGGACAGCCAGGGCCUGAGUGGAUGCUCCCCGCGAGACUCGGGCUGCUACGAGAGCAGCGAGAAUCUGGAACAUGGCAAGACUCAGAAAACUGGCCUCUUAUCUGCCAAGUCGUCCACUGAGGCCAGCCUGAAGUCUUUCAACAGAAAUCAGCUGGGCAACUACCCGACGUUGCCUUUAAUGAAGUCGGUGGACGCGGCGAAGCAGGGAGAGGAGGGCAGGCUGGGCCGAGGCCUCACCCCCGAUGCUUCCAAGCACUGUGACCCGCCCUYAGUAACUAGUUUGACUAAGAACCGGAGAAGCCUCCCAGUGUCCAUCUGUCGGAGCUGUGAGACCCUGGAGGACCCCCAGACAGUGGGAACCUGGCCUCGAUCCCAUUCCCUGGAUGACCUUCAAGGAGAGCCUGAUGCUGAAAAAGAUGUGCCUACUGAGGUGACAGAAYCCUCCCCUCAGAUUGUACCCGAAGUGCCACAAAAGACAACCGCCUCGACCGCCAAGGUCCAGGCCCCUGGGCGAGAUUCCACUGCCGACCAUGCAUUGCUACUGACCCAAAGCAAGAGAUUUUCUGAACCCCAGAAAAUGACCACUAGGAAACCCGAUGACCCCAUGGCAACCACCGACCGAGGCGUAUCACCUCCUCAGUGUCUGCCCAGAAACUCUGAGACUCGGCUUCCUGGAGCCAAACACAGUUUAACAAGGACGUCUCUCGAGGCUCACAGAAAAGGACAUGAUUUUGAAGGAACAUACCAUCCCCCGGGCACCAAAGAAGGGGCAGAUGCUGAGCAGAGGGUCCCUGAAACAAGGACACAGCCCAAAACUCCACAGCCUCCACCUGUUCCUGCCAAAAAGAGCAGAGAACGUCUUGCCAAUGGCCUCCACCUGGUGCCCGGGGCCCCUGGCGGAACCCCUCCCAGCCCUGAUGCCCCAAGCCUGCCCAUAAAGAAGACUGGCCCCUCUGAUUGCCCUGUGCCGGCCGCCCGAUCACCCACGGGCCUGGAGCCUGGCAGCCCCUCCUGCACCAGGCCACCGCCCUGGCUCUCAGAGCUGCCCGAGAGCGCCAGCCUGCAGGAGCAUGGCGUGAGGCUGGGCGUCCCGCUGAGCAGAAAGGUGUCCUGCGCCCGGGGUGUGGAUCUGGAGAUGCUCACCGAAAGCAAGCUGCACGCYGAGGGCAUCGACCUCACCGAGGAGCCCUACUCCGACAAGCAUGGCCGCUGUGGGAUUCCAGAAGCUCUGGUGCAAAGAUAUGCAGAGGACCUAGAUCAGCCAGAGAGGGACAUCGCCACCAACUUGGACCAGAUCCGUGUGAAGUUACUUCGGAAGCAGCAUCGCAUGGCGAUCCCAAGUGGUGGCCUCACGGAAAUCUGUAGAAAGCCCCUGUCUCCUGGGUGCGUUGCCUCUGUGUCCGACUGGCUCAUUUCCAUCGGCCUGCCCAUGUACACCAGCACCCUCUCUGAUGCGGGGUUCAGCACACUGAGCCAAGUGCCUUCUCUGUCCCACUCUUGCCUUCAGGAGGCCGGCAUCACAGAGGAGCGACACAUAAGGAAGCUUGUAUCUGCAGCCAGACUCUUCAAACUGCCACCAAGCCCCGAGGCCAUGUAGCCAGGCCCAAGCCAGGCUCACGAUGGACCUCCCUGGACAAGAGCCAGCCUUUCACUGUGCUUAYGAAGCUGAUGCAAUUCCUCAAUCUCUGGCAGGGCAGCCAGAGCCAGAAGAAGGACCCUGAGCGUGGCCUACAGAGUGUGAAACCCAGGCACAGGACCGAGGACCUUCUCCAGAAAAGCCCCCUGAAGGAAAUUGGUGCAGUUCUCUUUGACCCCCAAAGGCAAGACAAGCACUUAUUUUCAGAACACAGAAGAGCCAAGAUGCUAACGAGCUACAAACACCGUGCCUCCAGUCUGUCUUUGUGAAUUGUCAGAGGGCUGGGUGGAAAGGGCAGGACAGCCUGACCCAUUUCUGAUUACACCGCUGCCCUUCUGUUGGUCCAGUGGAUACCCAAGCCAGACAGACUUAGCUAGGCCAAAGUAACAGACUCUGGAGUUAUCUACACUAUUGACCAUGCUCAUUUGUUCAGAAGUUAGAACAUCUGGCUGCACCAGGAAAAAGAAAGUCCUAUCUCCUUUAGAUAAACAAAAGACUUUUAAAUAAUUGCUUCCUAGCAAUCAGCUUUUAUUUGCCUUAAUAUGAGCUUCUAAACAUUAUCUAACUAGUGUCCACAACCCUGUAACCCUAGUUCCAAAUCUUCAGCUUAGACUGCCAUCUAACAUAUCUGGGAUGUUUCCAGAAAAAAUGGGCUUUUCUAAUUGUCUCAUUUUAACAUGGCUUACUUUGUAGGGGUGUUUAUCAGGCAGACAUUUCAUGUUGGAUUUCGGCUUUUAAACUAAUCACACAGAUUUAGUAAAAAGCCGUCUGAAAUUCACAAGUUGUGUGUGUGUGUGUGUGUGUGUGUGUGUGUGUGUGUGUGUGUGUGUAACUGCAGUAACUGCCUUUACUUUUAAUCAGUUUCAUAUUCUGCCACAUUGGUCACUCUGUUGCAGUAUUGACUUGGAAUCCUGACAACAUCCAUUCCAAAAUUCAGUCAUCAGUUCAUGGAUCACCUUUGCAGAAAGUCCAUAAAGUUGAAUAUUUCAGAAAGUUGUUUCUAAAAAAGGGAAGUAGUUUACGAGAUGCUUUUAAAGUUUUUCUUCUCAGUUUUAUAAUUAAGAUAUCGCUGUUCUUCUUAUUUAGAUAAUUCUUCUAAUUCAAACAAAGGUUCAUUGGAGAGCCAGACAAACCACAUUAGCUAGAUGUUAAACAUUGCAUGUUUUCAGUUGUUUUUCAACUGAUUUCAGCAUAUCGUAUCCUCUUUUAGUCUGCUGUCUGAUUUUCUAGCAAACAGCAAAUUUAGAUGACUAUUAAGGCUUCUGUUGCUUACAAAAUGAUUUUUUUUUUCCUUCACGUUCUUAUCAUGAGCACUCUUUGAAGACUCAAAUGUGAUCAGGUGUACAAGAAACAUUUUGAACACAAGACUUGGAUCAAAAGUGCUGUAAUAUUUCAUCUACUUAACGAAAACAAAUUAUUUCCCUCAGGGGAAUAGGAAAAGUGAUGUCAUUAACUACAAAGCCACCUUUAACAUAGGCUUGAUCUAUCUGGAUCCAUGUCUCUGAGGAAAAGGACAUUCUCAGGUGAUGUAUUUUUUUUCAUGCUUUCAGUAUGCAUUUUUAAAAAAUCAUGUAUGUUUCUUUMAUAACAUUCAUCUCCUAUAAGAGGCCAUGUGAAGAAGUUGUGGAAAUGUAAAAUAUAAAAGGUAAAGCUGCCAAAUUUCUAUUAACUCAUAAGAACAGCUCAUUUUUGUCCUCUCGGACUGUGGAUUAGCCCAUCUGGAAUGUGGGGGAUGCUGCAGGGUCCUCAGAUAGCUACAGCAUUCAAACAAUUUUCCAUGCUGUGGUAGAAGUGGGGCUUUUCUUCUUACUUUUGAAAUACCUCGGCUUCACAUUUUGACAGAUUUUGCUCUCAUCAUUUCAUGUGGGCAAAAUAGACCACAYAAAAGUCAUGUUAGAGAUUUUAAAAAGGAUGUAUGGGGGGGGGGGCGACUGUCAUGUGAAUUUCCAAAUUUUAGUUCACUCCCACUGCAGGACUUUCACUGAAACUAGCACCAGAGGUGUUGAGAAUGCCAAACCAUAUUUUUAUCACUCUUUGGACGUCAUUG